AUGGUGUCGCUGAAGCUGCAGGCUCGUUUGGCGGCGGACAUUCUCCGCUGCGGUCGCCACCGUGUGUGGCUGGAUCCUAAUGAGGCCUCUGAGAUUUCCAAUGCAAACUCGCGCAAGAGCGUGCGCAAGUUGAUCAAGGAUGGUCUGAUUAUUCGCAAGCCUGUCAAGGUGCACUCGCGCUCCCGCUGGCGCCACAUGAAGGAGGCGAAGAGCAUGGGCCGCCACGAGGGCGCUGGGCGCCGCGAGGGUACCCGCGAAGCCCGCAUGCCGAGCAAGGAGCUGUGGAUGCGCCGUCUGCGCAUUCUCCGCCGCCUGCUGCGCAAGUACCGCGAGGAGAAGAAGAUUGACCGCCACAUCUACCGCGAGCUGUACGUGAAGGCGAAGGGGAACGUGUUUCGCAACAAGCGUAACCUCAUGGAGCACAUCCACAAGGUGAAGAACGAGAAGAAGAAGGAAAGGCAGCUGGCUGAGCAGCUCGCGGCGAAGCGCCUGAAGGAUGAGCAGCACCGUCACAAGGCCCGCAAGCAGGAGCUGCGUAAGCGCGAGAAGGACCGCGAGCGUGCGCGUCGCGAAGAUGCUGCCGCUGCCGCCGCCGCGAAGCAGAAAGCUGCUGCGAAGAAGGCCGCUGCUCCCUCUGGCAAGAAGUCCGCGAAGGCUGCUACUGCACCUGCGAAGGCCGCUGCUGCACCUGCGAAGGCCGCUGCUGCACCUGCGAAGGCUGCUGCUGCACCUGCGAAGGCUGCUGCUGCACCUGCGAAGGCUGCUGCUGCACCUGCGAAGGCUGCUACUGCACCUGCGAAGGCCGCUGCUGCACCUGCGAAGGCUGCUACUGCACCUGCGAAGGCCGCUGCUGCACCUGCGAAGGCUGCUGCUGCACCUGCGAAGGCUGCUACUGCACCUGCGAAGGCCGCUGCUGCACCUGCGAAGGCUGCUACUGCACCUGCGAAGGCCGCUGCUGCACCUGCGAAGGCUGCUACUGCACCUGCGAAGGCCGCUGCUGCACCUGCGAAGGCCGCUGCUGCACCUGCGAAGGCUGCUACUGCACCUGCGAAGGCCGCUACUGCACCUGCGAAGGCUGCUACUGCACCCGUUGGAAAGAAGGCUGGUGGCAAGAAGUGA